AUGGACGUUGCUAUGCGGGAUGUUUCGCACAUAAAGAACAAACUAGGUGAUCUAGAUGAACUUAAGGUUGACAUUCGUGGGUGUCUCAACAAGCUAAACUCCUUAACGGAUAACAAUGCUGCAGUUGAAGAGACCACUGAAAAUUUAACUCGCGAACACAGGGUGCUAGUGGAUCGCUUGGAAGCAUUUGAAACUCGUUGCUCUGAUCACGAUAAAGAAAUUACUGAUAGAAUGCAUUCUUUGGCAACCCGGUUCUCUAAGCAUCCCUGCACUGCCUCGGAUAUCUCGAAUGUCGUUCUGCCUCUUACUGCGCGUAUCCGUACUAUCGAAUAUGAGAAAUAUUGCAGCAAUCUUAUCAUUUCUGGUUUGCCUGAAACGAGUUAUCUUAGCGAUCACGACACUGUGUUGUUGUUAUUUGGGACUCUAAAUGUCACCGUCGAUAGUACACAGAUCACUGAACUCUCACGUGUGCGUAGCACAACCACAACAACAACUACCGACAAACCGAGGAUGUUAUUCAUCGGUCUCUCUUCUUUAGAAUUACGUAAUGCAGUCUUGACUUCAAAACGCCUUAAAAGUACUCUCACCGCCAAAGAAGUCAAUGCUUCUUUUUCUGACUCUCGUAUCUAUAUUAAUGAGUAUUUACCGUCUGAUCUAUAUAAACUUCUCCGUGCUACUCGGGAUGCUGCAAGAACUAAGAAUUACCAGGGUUUCUGGGUCCGUAAUGGUACGGUUAAAGGUAAAAAAGACAAUAACUCGACAAUUAUAGAGAUCAAAAACCUGGAGGACAUCGAGCGUUUGCUGUGA